GAAAAUUUCGUGGGUUCGAGUUGAUCCACCCGGGUUUGGAAUUUUUCAGCAAACAUAUUGUCGAUAUGUUAAUAAUACAAUAUUUUGCAAGAUGUAAUUUAUAAUGAAUUCUUAAAGAAAAAUUAUUAUUACCGAUCGACAAUAAAUUAUAAAUUUCGAUUUGUGAUAGAGAUUUCAACGAGGGAUAAAAAAAAUAAGAAGAGGGUGCGUGGAAAGUGAGAUAAAGAAAGUCAAUGAGAAUCGCGGAGAGAGCGAGAGAGAAAAUAAAUAUCGAGAAUACCGCUAGAGUGAGAAAAUAGUGGGAGGGAGAAAGAGAGAAAGAGAAAGAGAAGGAGAUAGAGAAGAAUGAACUGCGCGCGCAGAUGGCGCGAUGUUGAUGCGUCAGAAUCGGUGCUCUUGCCGUCAUCGUCAUCGUUUGCCGGGCUAUGCCAAGGAUGAAAAGAGAAGGAAUUUUAGCUCGUUCGUAAGAGAGAGAAAUAAAGGCAGAAACUAAAGGGAGAGAAAGAUAGUGUAUGCACACUACUAUGCGCAUGAAUCGUCGAAUAUGAGAAAGAGAAGGUAAUAGUAAGCACGAGAGAAAAAAGGAUAGAAGGAGGGAGAGAGAAUGAGAGAGAGCGAGAGGGUGUCAGAGAGAAAGGAGGGGAAGUAAAGCAGCAAACAGACAAGACGCGCCUUCGCGAAGAGAGGCACGGGAGCAGGAGCUCGUACUUACGGGGCGGACCACUGUUAGAGCCAGUCUUACGACCACCUCAGAAACGAACAACCCAAAAUUCGAAUGCGGUUUUCCCUGUCAUCGUUAUUACUACUAUCAUUCUUCUCGUGCUCGUCGUGAUAGUUGUUAUUGUUGCUACUGCUACUGCUACUGCUGCUGCUGCUCUUUCUCUUGAUCGAUUCCCCGGCGAGGUUGCCGGGUGGGAAAAGUAAGCGUGCGUGCCGCAGACGACGUCUCGCGAAGAGAAACGAAGAAGUAAGAGGAGGAGAAGAAAGAGAGAAAGAGAGAAAAAAGAAAGAAAGAUAGAGAGGAAGAAAGAGAAACGGCCGGAACGCGACCGCUUGCUUGCUGACUUUUCUUCGCGCCGUCUAUAUAGUAGUGGUGGUAGUGGUGGUAGUGGUGGUGGUGGUGGUGGUGGUGCUCUGGUGGUGAUCUGGUGUUCUAGUGGUGGUGACUUUGCCGAAGGUGUAUUGGCUGAGAGAGAGAGCCGACAACAGGACACGAGUAAGCCGCCGACAAAAGAGGGCUGUUAUGGAGCGAGGUUGUCGUCUGCUUUUCCUGUUCCCGCCGCUACACCUGCUUACGAUAUUCGUUGCUCUCACUCUGACAAAUGCUUUCUCUACGGACAGUAAACCGGCUUGUCCAUUAAUACAAUUUCGCUGUGCGAACGGCAGAUGUAUACCUCCGACUUGGGUUUGCGACAAAACUGACGACUGUACGGAUAAUUCUGAUGAGGAUCCUGAAAAAUGCAAAGGUACAGAUAAUUGCAGCGAAAACGACUUCAAAUGUAACAGUGGCAGAUGCAUACCUGGGUUAUGGCAUUGCGACGGGGAAAAGGAUUGUGAUGAUGAAUCCGAUGAAGAUCCUAAUGUUUGCAGAUUGAAGAAUUGCACCGCGGAACAAUUUACUUGUCGUUCGGGAAAUGGCGAGUGCGUGGCAUUAACAUGGAUGUGCGACGAGAAUCCAGACUGUUCGGAUGGUUCGGACGAAGCUGAAUGCAAUGAUACUUGUCGAUCGGAUGAGUUUACCUGUGCAAAUAAGCAUUGCAUUCAACUCCAUUGGGUCUGUGAUCAUGAUGAUGAUUGCGGAGAUGGCAGUGAUGAAAAAUACUGUAGUCCAACUACCUGCAAUCCUGCAACAGAUUUUGCUUGUUCAGACAACUACUGUAUUACAGCAAAGUGGAGAUGCGAUGGUGAUUAUGAUUGUCCUAAUCAUUCUGAUGAGAUGGAUUGCAAGGGAAAAAAUCAGGGACAGAGGGCAAGCCAUUGCGAUAAGAGAGAAUUUGAUUGUGAUGAUGGUGUUACUUGCAUACAUCAAACAUGGGUAUGCGAUGGGGAUAAAGACUGUUCAAACGGUGCAGACGAAUCACCACUAAGAUGUCAUAACAUCACUUGUAGAGCUGAUCAAUUCCAAUGCGAAGAUCGACGUACCUGUAUACCAGGUCACUUGUACUGCAAUGGCAAAGCUGAAUGUUCAGAUGGAAGUGAUGAAAAGAAUUGUUCAAUAAAAGCUCCUGUAUGCGAUCCAAUGACACAAUUUGAAUGCAGUGAAGCUUCGUGUAUUCCUCUUAAAAGUGUGUGUGAUAAGAAAAUGGAUUGUAUCAAUUGGGAAGAUGAACGUGUUGAACUUUGCGGUGUAGAUGAAUGUGACAAAGAUAAUGGUGGAUGUUCACAAAUAUGUAUUGAUCUUCCCAUUGGCUAUCGUUGCGAUUGUAAACCAGGAUACAAAUUGAUCGACAAUCGAACCUGCGAUGAUAUCGAUGAAUGCUUAGAGCCAGGAAGUUGUUCACAAUUUUGUCAAAACGAAAAAGGAACAUUUAAAUGUAAUUGUGCUCUUGGUUACUUGAAAGAUCCUAAAAAUUUAACUCGUUGUAAGGCAGCAGAAGGACAUGCGAGUCUUCUUUUUACUAGAAGACAUGAUAUUAGAAAAGUAGCUUUGGAUCGUCAAGAAAUGACGGCGAUUGUCAAUAAUACAAAAAUGGCAACAGCUUUGGACUUUGUUUUUCGAACGGGAAUGAUAUUUUGGAGCGAUAUUACAGAAAGAAAAAUUUAUAAAGCACCGAUAGAUGAAGGAAAUGACCGUACAGUUGUAAUAGAAGAUGAUUUAACCACGUCAGAUGGAUUAGCAGUAGAUUGGAUAUAUAGUCAUAUAUAUUGGACUGAUUCUGGAAAAGAUACUAUAGAAUUAGCUAAUUUCGAAGGAAAUAUGAGAAAAACUCUCAUCAAAGAUCACAUACAAGAACCGCGAGCUAUCGCCUUAAAUCCCUUAGACGGUUGGAUGUUUUGGACUGAUUGGAGUGACGAAGCUCGUAUAGAAAGAGCUGGUAUGGAUGGUUCUCACCGUUCAAUUAUUGUUGGACAUGAUAUAAAAUGGCCAAAUGGAUUGACUCUAGAUCUAAUUGGUAAAAAAGUAUAUUGGGUAGAUGCUAAACUUAACUUUAUAGCAUCUUGUAAUUAUGACGGUUCAGGAAGAAGAACAGUUUUAUUUUCUCCUGCGAUGUUAAGACAUCCGUUCAGUAUUACAACAUUUGAAGAUUAUGUUUAUUGGACAGAUUGGGAUAAAGAAACGAUAUUUAAAGUUAACAAAUUUACUGGUAAAGAUGUAGAGUCUGUUACAUCAGUAAAAUCGCCUCAGCAACCAAUGGUGGUACAUGUGUAUCAUCCAUAUAGACAACCUGACGGAAUGAAUCAAUGUCAGUCUGUCAAUGGUCAUUGCAGUCAUUUGUGUUUGCCUGCACCUAAAAUUAAUUCUAGAUCACCGCUUCUAAGUUGUGCAUGUCCGGAUGGACUGAGGCUGUUACCUGAUGGAUUGAUGUGUGUAGAAAAUGUAACUACUACUGUAGCACCAACAACACAAGAAAAUGCUAAACUAUUUAAAAGGCUUGAACCGCUGAACAUUUCAACAACUGUUCAUCCAAUAACCUCGAUGGAUAGUGGAAAAAAUAAUUCUACAAGUGAAUCAACAGACCCUGGUCUAGUUGCUGGUGUUGUCAUAGGCGUGGUAUCAUUAGGCCUAUUAGUACUUGCAUUAGUGGCAGUAUUGUGCUAUAGGCAUUAUCUUCAUCGUAAUGUUACAAGUAUGAACUUCGACAACCCUGUAUAUAGAAAAACUACCGAAGAUCAGUUUAGUCUCGAAAAGAACAGAUUUCCCCUUCCUGCUGCUACAGUUGGAGAGGAGGCUCAGGAACCAUUAACGAGUCCUGGAACUAAUGACUACGUUUAAGGCUUAAUUUGUCAAUGAAAUGAGAUUAGCAGACUUGAAAAAGCAGUGAUCAUGUAAGAAAAUCAUGUAAAAACAGAUGUAAUGUCAUUUACAUCUAAUGAGCCUGUUCAAAUGUAUGCCUGCGUCUGCUCACCUGCCUGCCAACUCAGCUGUGAUUAUGUUUAUUUUUUUGUACUGUUUAUUUGUUAACAAAUUUUUGUGCAUUAUCAUUCGAAUAUAUUAGACAUACAUAAAACGUUUAGAUUUGCUCUAAGACAUAAAGGGAGAAAUGUCUAGGGACAUACAUAACCACACACAUGAUAAUUGUUGUAGAGUAAGUAUAACAAGGAUUAAAUUUUAAAUACAUUUCAUCCCUGUACUUCUAAAUUUUUUAAAAGCUAAGUAAAAAGGAAAAAAUACACAGAGUUUCAUCAAAGAAAUCGUAAUAUAAUAUAACGUAGAGUUAAAAAAGACAUUUACAAUAUUGGUGAUAUUUUCUUUGUCUCUCUUUUUGCACACAUUUAUAAUAUUGAUAUAUCGCAUACUACUUAUGUCCAUUGUACAUUUAUUCUAUAUCUAUUUUAUAGAUAAAAAGAAUUAUUCUUUCAUAUUGCUAUUUACAAGUGUCAAUAAUAAAAAAGAUGAAGAAGAUAGAAAAUAAUUACAAAAAAGAAAAAAAAAAUAACUUUUGUUUUUAAAGCAAAAAUAUAUAUAUAUUUUCCAAAACAACACAUUUUUAACAGCAGAUAUUUAAAUCGUAAUAUCAAUGGAUAUUGAUAUGGUAUGGAUGUCUAUAUUAUUGGCUUAAGUAGAAGUCAUUAAUGGUCUUAAAGUAAAAGUAAAAUUCAGAAAAAGCAAACGAUAGAUGAUGAUACAAUUUUUUCUUUAAUGUAUUUAUUUGUUCAUAAAAGAAGGAAAAAAAACGUGAACAAAAAAUACGAAUUGUAGCGGUUUAUGCAUAUAUAUUUCAACCAUGAGAAGACAAGAGCGAUUUCUAGUUAUUAUCAUAUAUAUAAUAUUUUUUUCUCUCAGGUUAAGGUGCUUAACAAUAUCUAUAAUGUAGUUCUACAUAAUUCUUAUUUUUCUGAUCGAGCCUAAUAUUUUUUUGUUUUUUUUUCUGCAGCGUGAUUUGCAUGUACAUUAAACAACAUACUAUUAUUGUUAUUCAUUAAUCUAAAUAUCUACGUAGACGUUGUAAAAGAUAUUUUGAUUUUUAUUAAUUAAUCAAUUAAUUAUUUAUUACACGAGAAUUUAAUUGGAAAUUGCUUAUUCUGAAGGAUGAGGGUGGUUCUAUUGUCGGAGUCAUAUGUAAAUGAUGCAGAAAUUAGAUAAAUGUA